AAUACCCAACAUUCUGGAUACGAAACGAAAGGGUAAAAAACGAUGUCGCUCGAAAGUGGGUUACCAUAAGUGCCGUCCCUGUUGUUGGUAAAAGAAAAAAAAAGAAAAAAGCUUCGGUUCACGACUGCACUCGUGAUUCUACGUGCAGCUGAUCGGGAAGCGACGCGUUCGAGGGAGGCUGCCACUGUGGAGCGUCUCGAGUGCCGUUAACCUCGUUUCGUGGCCACCUCGCGGCCGCGAACGAGCCUGCUUUUGCGAUUUUCCACGGACCAUGUUUUCCACGGACUUGCUUGCAACGCGAGCCGAGAUGGACGACGGUAGGUGAUCGUCGCGGAUAACAAGUGGUUAUGAAACGAAGGAUCCCGUGCCACGGACACGGUGCACCAAGCACAGAUAAACAGAGAGAGAGAGAGAGAUAGGUGGAUGAAAUGGUGAAGUAGAAAGAACUUUUUUCCGGUUCGGAUGAAACGGACAUUCGCGAUGGAGAAGAAGUGACUGAUUUUUUUUUUUCUUUUCUUAUCCUGGAUGGAAUCCGGAGUAGUUGUAGAUGUUUCGUGCGAUUAUUUGACCAAAGUGAACUGGUUUCUUGUGCUGGAUCAGUGCUACGAGUGUGUGCCGUUUUUGACGAGGAUUAGCUGUGCUUGUUCCCGUUACUCCGGUUCACCAAACACCCAAUUCUUGGCAUGCGUAGGCCGAAGAAGGAAUCAGGGGGUGGAUUGAACAGGAGCGUGGAGCAUGGCGUAGUGUUCGUUUUGGGGGUUGCUGGCAGAUCAAAGGAGGCGAAAGAGGGUCUGGCCGGUCUCGAGCGAUUCGAGGGCCGGUGAGCAUCGCGACGGGGCGAGCAACCCCGUUGCCUCGGCCAACGUCUAACAACCCUCCUCCCGUCUGUCACUGUCGACGAACAACAGAACAGAUGUCCUGACAGCGGGCCCCGGGCCACCAGGAUGCCGACAGACGACGACUAUGGCCGAAGAGAACGUCUCCUAUUGCACCAACAUCCGAUCUCUCAGUUCGGGCCCUCGUCAUCUCCGGUUCCAGGAUCGAACGCCGGCACAUCCGGGAGCGUGGGUCCUCAGAUCGGUUCGAACGGCACCUCAGACUGCUACAAGCAACAGCAACAACAACAACAACAACAACAGCAAACGGAUCUACGAUCCGCUAACACAUCGAACGCCUCCGGUCAGGAUCGUUACCAGUCCGAGCAACCGAAUCAAGGUAACGAACACGUUGAUUAUGGAGGCCGCGAACGGAUGUCGGGGAUCGAGCGGCAAGACAAGUCAACGGACAAGCCGUCGAUCGAGGAUUUUCCAAAAUCCUGCCCGGACGCUCGCUCGAUACAAUCGGGUUGCGAGCGAUUCGGCCAUUAUCAGAAUCAAGAGAGAUACGUACAAUCCUCUUUGCAAACUCAGCAUCAGUUCACCCCAGGGAGAUCUAGCUCGAGCAGCGGACAAACGCUGUCGCAGAACGUGUUGGGGGAACGUUUUCCACGAUUCAACGAGCUCGCGGGGCUGCACGGUGAGCAGAGGUUAUCCUUGGCUCCGAGCGAACGGUAUCAACAGGCUAACGGUAGCGGGAACGAGUUGCGGUUCCAUCAUCCCGGCAACGAGCUGGUGUCGUCGACGGGAAACGAAUACGCGAACAGUCAGAUCCUGGUGUCCGGUUGCGCGACCAGUCCGUUCUCGUCAGAGACGUUUCCAUCACCGCCGUCGCCGGCGCCCGCGAACGAUCGUUUCGUCCCACCGCCGCCAUUGUCGCCCAGCCCGAGCGAGAAGUAUGCCUCGACCCAGAGUCUGGCUGGUUAUUCUCCUGCUGAUAGGAUUCUGCCCCCAAGUUCUCCAAGCGCCCGAUAUGGGGGCGGCACAGCACCAGCCUCACCGAUGCCAGCUAAGGAACGAUUCUCAUCGGCCGAACGAUUAUUGGCCAAUCAACAGUCGUCGAGCGGCGUGCACGAGUCCAAGGAUCAGCAACGAUACACUGGAAGCAACGAUCGACUGUUGUCAGGCUCGUCGCCGGUGUUGGGAAGCUUACAAGGCGACCGAGGCAACGUGUACGCGGCCAACAAGGAUUCGACCGGAUCGCGAUACGGUGCUAUCUCAACGGACAGAUUGCUCUCUGCGUCGCCUGUACACGCACCGGUCCCGGAGAGGUUCGCCGGUAAAUCGACGGACAGGUACAUCGGUGAUUCACCGGUUCACGAACGAUACCACAGACAGGAGACGGCAUCGAGCGUUCAUCACGAGCGUUACACGACAAUGUCGUCGAGCAACGACAGAUUCAUCGCGAGUUCGCCAAAUCCCGAGGGCGCGCAUCAGCGAUACUCGUCGACGGAAAGGUCCCUGCAAGCGUCGAGCAACGCCACUAACGAACAGAGACGUUUGUACACGGAUCGUGGGGUCGAGACGGUUUGCCAGAAGUAUACCGAUCGAUCGAACGGCUCACCGGUGCCCACGGAGUUCAGCAGGUACUCCAGCUUCCAGGAGGUGGGCGCCGGUCCAGCGGGCAGGUACGUCAGCACCGGCGAUCGUUUCAACGAGCUCGCGAUACAACGUUGCGGUCAGUCGCGAGCCAACGAUAGAUUCUGCGUCUCCACCGAUCGCUAUCUCGCCAAUUCAUCCCCGGGACACGAUGGAAGACUCGCGAACACCAGCGAUUCCAGGUACACCGUCUCGGCCUCCUCCACCGAAAGACUACUCUCGGCUACCUCUUCCUCCUCUUCUUCCUCCAGCGAUACCCUCGCCAGGUAUCACUCCUCCUACACGAACACCACCGCCGCCGCCCAGUCGUCCACGUCCAACGACCGCUUCACCUCCAUCUCGCCCACUCCCGAAACGGCGAACGCCGCUCUCAGAGGUGGAACCGGGACCGCGACGGGUACCGGAGGCUCCAGCUACCAGCCUGCUGCAAAGACCAGCGUGGACAAGUAUCUCCAGGUGUCAAAGUCUAUCCAGAGCUACGGGAACGAUCGGUACAACCCGGUGUCGAAUCCGGGGGAUCAGUUCGACCGGCUCAGCCAGGAUCGUUACGACAGAUUCUCGAACGCGGUCGGUAACAGCGAUCGAUUUACAGCCUCGAACGCUACUCCUGAUCGUUUUCACUCUGCUGCUGAUCGAUACUCUCCGGCGCGUACCGCGGACAAGUACCUGUCCCUGCCGAAGCCGAAGGAUCGAUACACCAGUCGCAUAACACCGAUAUCCUCCUCCUGCGGCACCUCGGUCGUCGCCACCUCGACCGAUCGCACCUACGGCUCGUCCAACGCCACCGGAAGUUACGUCCCGCCUACGGCCCACACCCCGGUCGAACGAUACGUGCCCCAACCACCACCGGAGGUGCUGUACCCCGACAGAUACGUGGACAGGUACGUGCCACCGUCGGCUCACACGCCGACCGAUCGUUACGUGCCCACCAACGAUCCCGGUGAUCCUUACAUGAGACGAGAUCUCGGCUUUCACCAUCAUUAUCGGCUACCACCACCCGCCGGUUACCCGUACCAUCAGUCCCACUUCCGUCUACGCGGUUUCGCUUACGCGUCGCCCGGCCGUCUCGGCGGCAGCCCCGGCUCCAGCAGUUCCAGCAGCUCCGCCUCCAACCAGAGGGACGGCUUUUCGAUGUCGCCGUUGCUGAGACCCAAGGUGCGCGCCUCGGCCGUCGAAUUCCCCGCCACGUCCACCGGCGUCGUCGGACGUCACGUCUGCACCAAUCCACCGUCUUGCUGCAGCGAAGCGACUGGUGGGAACGGGAGGUCCUGUUGCCAGGCCAUCAGGAGAUCUCUACCACCCGGGCCGCUACCCUCGAUACCUACGCAGUCGUCCUGGCAACCAUCUCCAGGAUCUGGAACGACAGGCACGUCCACGGUAUCCUCGAGCGGUCCUGAUGCAGAAAAUGGGCAAAGUAUCGGUUUGUACCCUGUUGGUAGCGUGGGUCCAACACCAACGGACCCAACGACCGUUCCACCGAAUACAACAACCACCACGAUACCAUUGGCGAGUGCUUGCACCGUUGUUGGUGCAGCAACGGGAAGCAACAUCACCAGGAGCGUGUCGGCACCCACUGCACCGAGACCCGUUGUUCAGGUGACCAGCUCUGCCAGCGCUGUUGGAUCGUCCCAGAAGCCAAGAUUGAGGAGGACCAUGAGUCGCACGGAGGCCAUCAGGAACUACAUCAGGCGAGAAACGGCACAGUUCUUCGGGGUGGACGAGGAGUCUGAAGCGAUAGAAAGACAAAGAUGGCUGGAUCGAAGACGGAGAAUGGCAUCGAGGAAAUACGGCGCCCUUGUUCCGGAACACAGGCCACCGGAUCCCGAUAUUACAAGGGACGUGCCGGAUACUACGGAUAUACCAGAAGGUGUCACAUUGAGAAGAUGGCAGCAACCGGUCAGACGAAAAGAUUCCGUGGCAAGAAUGACUCUCUCGGGUCUCCAUUACGUGGUCGAGUCGUUGUCGAGACAACGAUCCCGGGAGAUGUCGCAAACCAGGCCCGAAUCGCGAAGCUUUCCACCGAGCGUGAUUCCCUAUAUGACGAGGACGGAGACGGCAUCGUCUCCGGAGAACAACCAGGAAGAGGAGGUGUCGUUUUUCGACAGGCCACCACCGCCACCUCCGCCUCUUCCACCGCCAGCCUCGCAACAAUCUCAAUCGCAGAUCGAUCCGAGCAUCGGUGCAUUGGUCAAAGACGAAGAGGGCAGCGCGAAGAUUGCGGAUCAGCUCGAUUCCACGGCCGAGCGUGAAACGUCCGAGGAAUUGGUCAGAUUCGCUCCGCAGAAAGCCGAGAGGACAGCAAUCGACGGACAGAUCAGACGACAUCGUCACAUCCCCAGGGACCAUUACAUUUCGAGAAAAACGAGUUGGAGCAGGUCGAGGUACGACAGCCCGUUGGCCGAGGGUACUAGGGUGCAGCAGGACGAGGGGGUCUCUCUUAGAAGGGAUUUAACCGGUGGUACGAGAAUUUCUCCGAGCACCAUCGAUCGAAUAUUCGACAACAGUAAUAGGAGGCAAUAUGGGAUGGGAAUCGUUGGCAGAUUCUUAGGUAGGUCUUUUCGAAAAAGCGUGUCACAGAACCCGGACGUUAGAAAGCAGCUGGAUGACUUCGAAGAUAAUCGACCGUACUUUACGUAUUGGAUCACCACCGUACAAAUCCUCAUUUUGAUAAUAUCAUUGGCGUGUUACGGUUUCGGACCGGUUGGCAUGGAUCUUAGUCACAGAUCAGGAUUGGUUCUUGUGACGAGCUUAUCGUUGCAACAAGUGGACUACCAGGAACCAGCGAAUUUCUGGUUUGGUCCUAGAGCGGCGGAUUUGAUUCAUCUUGGCGCAAAGUUUGCACCGUGUAUGCGUCGUGAUAUUAAAAUUCUGAAGGAGAUCGACGUUUGGCGGGAAAGAGAACGGGACACGGCGUGCUGCAUCCGAAACGACGAUUCGGGCUGCGUUCAAUCGAGCAAAGCCGACUGCUCUGUCCGGGGAUUGAGAUCAACUGCUACGAACACGAUAUCAACGUGGAAGAAAUGGGGACCCGGUGACAGUGGACCUGGCGGACGAAUAAGCGGAUCGGUUUGCGGAUUGGAUCCAAAGUUUUGCGACGCCCCGGCGAGCAUAGCACCGUACGAGUGGCCGGACGACAUCACCAAAUGGCCGAUUUGUCGGAAGACUAAUUCGUUCAACCAACGGUUCAGUAGAAACGGGAGUCAACGGGGCAACGUGAACUUCCCGGUCGGUCGGUACAAAGAUAAGAUGGCAGAACACAUGGUGUGCGAGGUGAUAGGGCACCCAUGUUGCAUCGGUAUCCACGGGAUGUGCCGAAUAACCACGAAAGAAUACUGCGAUUUCGUUCACGGUUAUUUCCACGAGGAAGCAUCCCUUUGUUCCCAGGUCGAGUGUUUGCACGACGUCUGCGGCAUGAUACCGUUUCUUCAUCCAGAAUGGCCGGAUCAAUUCUACAGGCUCUUUACAACUACUUUUCUUCAUGCUGGAAUUCUUCAUCUGUGUAUUACGCUAUUGGUUCAAUACUUCCUAAUGCGGGACUUGGAGAAACUAACGGGCUCGUUUCGGAUCGCUUUGAUUUAUUUCAUCGGAGCACUAGCUGGAAACCUGGCCAGUGCGAUAUUCGUUCCUUACAGAGCAGAGGUCGGACCAGCAGGAGCGCACUUCGCCCUCCUCGCAACGUUGAUCGUCGAGGUGUUACACUGUUGGCCGAUGUUGAAGCACCCACGACGAGCCUUGUCCAAGUUGAUCUUCACCCUGUUCGCACUUCUGAUCCUGGGUAUUCUUCCAUGGGUCGACAACUAUGCUCAUCUGUUCGGUUUCAUCUUCGGCUUCCUAGCCGCGUACGCUCUGAUGCCUUUCAUCUCGUUCGGCCACUACGAUCGUCGUCGCAAAAUCUGGCUGAUCUGGAUAUGUUUGAUCCUGAUCGUUGUACUGUUCGCCUUGUUACUGACCCUGUUCUACAACGUGCCGGUAUACGAGUGCGAAGUGUGCAAGCUGUUCAACUGUAUACCGUUCACACGUGACUUCUGCGCCUCCCAGAACAUCAAUUUCAAGAGGGAGGAGCCCGUAUGACACACGGGGCCGUGCUUCGAAUUCGAGCUCGAAUCGUCCUUAAGCCUGGUCCAGGCUCGUACCGACGCCUGGAGGCUGCUUCUGCUCGCUCUCCUACGUCCGCGUAGUCUGGAUCGAAUCUGAGAAGACCGUAUUGAUCGUGAAGGAAUACGAUCGGUUGAAAGCACGGACCUUAGAAAACGCUGUACCGGACAAUCCGGUCGCGUUUUACUGCCAACGAAUAACGGAGGAGGAAGCUCGUGUUCGUCGCCGACGAACGACACUGCCUUAAAGAAGAAAAAAAAAGAAAAAAAAACAAGCAAAAGGAUAAACCCGGUGCUCCCUCGUCCAAUGGACUUGUCCCUCUGCGGUCCUCGGUGUGAAUGUAAAUAUUUAGACACACGCGCCUUUAACCGAGCGACCAGAUCGUGAUUCGACGACGAUGGAUCGAGCAGGUCGAACGAAGAAAAUAGUGUGGGACUAGAUGUGUGUGGUGGGACUAGAUGUACGAACUGUACCAUCCACCCCUUUGGGAUCUUGCUCGUUCGACGAACGAGAGGACACACCUGUACAUAGAGACUCUUGUUACAUAUACCAUACGCACGAUGUAAGAACGACCUUACUAAGUUUAAUUUUCAAAGGAUGAAGUAGACGAUGAAAGAGAGAGUGUGUAUGUAUGUCUGCGCGUGCAUACGUUUAAUUUUUCUUUUUAUCCUUUCUUCUUUUAUCGUACCUCUGACGCUGGAACGAUCUGUGAUGGGCCACACGAUUGUAUUCAAGAAUAUUUUUCCAUAACGUCGCGCAGCUGGUGUAACAUCAAACGGGGCGAGGUUUGAUUUUUUAAGCCUGGCGAAGGAUGAUCGAAGGAGAAGUGAUGAGGAAAGUGUUUCGCGAUUAUUAAGUAUAUCUUGGUGAGAAAAAAAAACGAAUCAAUUUUUUAUAACGGCGUGUAAGUGAGGGAGAAAGUGGAGAUUAUCAGAGAACACUUUAAUCAAUUUCCAUCUUGUAUAUAAAUAAUUAGAACGAUGAGAAUCUCCUUAGGGAGGAAGGCGGGAACGGGAUGUACGAGUAAAAGGUUCAUUUCGUCUUAAGGUCAUACAAAGAAACAACAAAGUACCGUUACAUUCGUGAAUGUGUAUUUUAUUAUAACGGGUAAUGUAAAUGUAAGGGAAUGCGUAUGAGUGAUACGUCUUCGUAUUGCGUCUUGUCUCGUGCGUGAACGCGUUGAUACCAGUAUUUAACGAAAUAGCAAUAGCGAACGUGACGUGCCAGAACGUGGAGAUCGUCGCAAAUCUGAAAGUGAUCGGAGGUCGUACUUCGGUCUUUCGCGAUUUUAUUUUAUGCGUAACGUCAUCGACGAGAGGCUCGUUCGUUUCGUCGACAGGCUACGUUGACCCGUUUACAGGUCGCCCGAACAUUCCAUGGAAAAGAAAUGUUACUUUCUGUUUGUACUCGGGUGUUAACUGAACAUCACCUUCAGUAUUUAUUUCCUUACCUUCGUCUUAUUUCCUUGGUAUUAUUUUUGAUCCAUUACCUAUUAGAUGCUAAUUGUAAUUUAAAUAUUAAUCAUUCUGCAGUGUAUAUUAACCCUUUGUUUUAUAAUAUCGAAUCAUAACUUACAGUUCAAUUGUGUCAAAUUCGACUGGCAUUUUUAGUAUAUUCUAAUUAUAAUUUAAAUUACCGCAUGAUCAUGAUAUUUCAAUUUUCUUUAUUUAUUUUAAAGUUCAAGCAAUGAAUAGUUCACAAUUAAUCACAAUUAAUCAAAAUUAUUAGAAAUGUACCCGGUGCAAACAGAAACAUCAUUUCCUUCUCUAAAGAACGUCUCUCUUCGUCUAGUUUUUAAGAGUUAGACUCUUAGCGUUCUUUAUUUUAAAAGCUAAUUAACAGUAAGGCAUGGUUUUUCAUCUUCGUACGUGUUGAAAGAGCUUUCUCUUCGAAAGCAUUAGAAACGUUGUGUCAAUCAUUUUGCCGAGUCACUUUGACAGCGUGAAAUUAAAAUACGGCGAAUGCGACAAUUACAUACGAUAAUCGAAAACCAUGCUCGUUGAAAGGAAACAUUUCUCGACCAAUCUUGCCUUGUAUUUCUUAUCGCGAUCGUGGUCAUUCAUGCUUCCCAGUUGAAUAUUUUUCACCGUUCGCCUGUGCCCAGGCUAUGCACAAAUUUUUUGCCUCGUAACACCGCUAACGAAUUCACGAAAAAAAAAAAGAAAAAAAUGAAAUCAUCAACAUUAUAAAACGAUUAAGCGAGAAUUAAUGGAGAAGGCGGGUCCUGUUCUCGCGACGUUAAGAACGAUGACUUUCUCUUUCGUCGAAUUAUACGUGCUUUUAUCUUUGCUCCUGCAAUUCGAUGAUAUCUAUUUUAUAGUAGCGUCGUUUAUACGGAAAAAUUAUUUCGUCUUGAAAUUCUUGCUUGCUCGUCUGUUUUCAUUAUCGAAAUCUCGCCUUGAAUCGGUAACAGAUGGAGACUAAAAAUCAGUACAAAUUUUUUCUUAUGCUAAAUGAUCUUUCAAUAGCAGUAGAUAAAUCAUCGAACGUUGGUACAAUUUCACUGUUUUUAGUCUCCCAGUAUACCAUUAGAUCUUUUGCAAAUUUUUCAUUUCUCAACGUUGUUAUCUUAACAUUCACCAGGACGAAUGAUAAAUCGUCCAUGCUUCGAGAAUUAGAGUUAGAAUAAUUUCGAGAAAAGUGAGAAAUAGAGACGUUCGAGGUGGCGUUGACAAAUUUUGUGAUACCCGAUCGAGCAAGUGAGAAACGAGACGCGAGAAAGGGGGUGUGAGAUGUGAGAGGAAUGGACAGAGGGGGUCCAGGACCUUUUGAGAAAAAGAAAUGAAAAACACACACACACACGUACAUACGAGCGACACACUGAACUUUUCGGAUUAUAUAAAUAUAUAAAUAUAUAAAUAUGAGUAUAUAUAUACACGUAUACAUAAUGAAGGAAGAAAAAAAAAAUUUGAAGUACGAGUUUAAGGUGAGAACGGGGUGGACCGUGACGAUUGUCGACGAGUAACAUAUUGUUAUUAUUGUAAAUGUGUCAUAUACAGGUAAUAGCAUGCCAUACAAAGAGGAAAAAAGCGACGGUGAGAACGAGGAAAACGUUUGAGAAUACCUUCGAUAUUUCCAUACCGAUCACGGCGAGGUGGAAUAUCGUCUUUCGCCCCGGGGACGAUGAGAGUUGACUGCGUUACACUCGCCUUAACCCUUAAGAGAGGAUUGAAAAGUGGUUACCAGUUGUUAUUAUUUAUUUAUUCAGAGAAAAACAAUGCUUUUUUCGCGUUUGAAGUAUCUUAGAAUUCAGCCCUCGAACGGCGGACCAGGGAGAGAGCUCCAAGAUGGCGGACCACGGAGAGAGUCCCAAUUAUAAUUCACUAUUGUACUUUAUACUAUUUUUAUUUUCUAAAUUUUACAUCGUUCCUUUAAUAAUUAUACGUUUAAUUUUAGGUUAACAUCUUUGCACGUGUUUUUGUAAAUUACAGGCUCCGCUGUUCAAGGGUUAAUGAAAGGAAGCCGUAUGCGUUUACUUGUACUACUUGAUUCUCGGCCGCGUCAGACAACAGUAGUUAGGGUCAACGGUUAGUCAGACUUCUUCGUUUCCAACACUUUCACCGCCGCGAUAGAAAUAGAAAUUUUCAAAUCAUUUCGAUCCAAUGUACAAAUUAAAUGGAUCGUUAAUUAUCGAAGGGUAAUUAAUCAAGUUCGGCUCUCUCUUAAGGGAAGAUCUCGGCCAAAAGUGCUUAACUAACAUUUAAUCCGACGAAGAACCAUCCGAUUAAUAGUAUUCCUUCGAGGUGCUCGUUUUUCGAUCGCUCGAUCGAAAACGAGCCAAUGAGAAAAUUCAACGCCCUAGUUUCUCUCGAUCAUCCACUUGUCGACGCGUGCAAAACGAUUUAUACACAGGCAGUUAUCCUCUCGACGAUUCGCUCUCGAUUCCCUCGUGAACAGGACACUUAACGCAACUAUAAAAGAGAGAGAGAGAGAGAGAGUGAGAGAGAAGUUGAUUAAGUGGUAAUGCACGCACCAAAGAGAAAUAAAAAAAGUAAUAAACGUCUUGUAAAUAAAACGUAUGCGUCGAAAAUGGACCAAGGACCUAAAUAGUGCAGCUCGUGUUGUAAAAUUGAUAUACCGAUCUCGCUAAUCACGUAGACGAGCUCGGAUGGUAGGAUCGUUAAGUAAAGCCACAAUUUAUCUCCUAAUGUUGUUUAAAGAGAUGGUGCGAAGUACGAUUGCAACGUCAUCUGAGAUUUCAUCGAGAAUCGAUCGUCAGGAAGAAUGAAUUAAUCUUCUAGUAUAGAAUUUUAUAUAGAUUCUUUUUUUAUUUAUAUAAGAGAGAGCUUGUUUUAUUUACUUAAUUUUUACUUAGGAGAAAUUAAUCAUUUUAAUGAGAAAAUUGUAAUAAGAGUCGAGAAGGCGAAUUCUUCAAGCAAAUCGAUACUUUGCUUUUCACAAAGUUCAUUCCUCCUAAUGGUGGACAACGCAUCAAUCAUCCACGCUCCAAAGAGGCAUAAAAGAAACAAUUGCCGUUCAGCUACAUCCCUGAAAUAUCCAUUCAUCUAUUUCAUCCGAAAGACAUGUCUAUCAUUAAUCAAAAGAAAUUGUACAGUCGCCGAGAGAAAAGGUAAUAUCUAAUCUUCCAUCUAUGCACUCUAUCGUGGCUGGAAUAAAUUUACAACUUUUCCUAUGCAAAUCAUUCUUUUCAUAAGGUUAGGUUUUCGUGACGAUUGAUUCGUGAUCGAUCUUUUAGAUCUAUCGUUGAUAGUCAACAUACAUAUAAAAAAAAAACAAAUAUGGAGACAGAGCGAAUCUGUGCGAGAGUAGAAAAAAAAAUUCUAAUUCUAAUGACAGUCCUCGAUCCCCUUUUAUAAUAUACAUAUAUAUAUACAUAUACAUAUUACACGUGCACAGAAUAUAUAUGUAUACAUAUAUAUAAAUGUAGUGGAAGAAAAUUCCACCACAGCCGCGCGGUAUUAUUUUUCUGUAUCCCUGUAUCUAUAAUGAGUGAUAUAAGUAUUAAACGAUGGACUUAAGGGUUACGAGUAAUACGACUGUACUAUUAAACGAUCAUUACGAUUACUUCGCCAGUUUUGUUUUCAUCUAGUAAUCGGUAAGGUUUUCGAUUACGAUUAUUAUUACUGAUCAUAAACGAUGCAUUGUAAUUGUCGCUGUUAUAUACAAUACAUACAUACGUGCGUAAUAUAGACAUAUACGGUGUGUGGAAGUGAUCGUGAAAUGGAUGGCGGAUCAGUCGCUUUACAGACACGAUCCUACACACACGCGUAUAUGUGUAUAAGUCUUGAACAACAUAUUAAUUUAAUAACAAUAAAGAAAACGUGAAACUCA